GAAAUUCCAAAUGCAAUCUCACAUUCAACCGACGUUUUGGUUUGCUUUCAAUUCAUUUGAAAUUCAAAUAUUAUCGCUCACUGACAUUUUGGUCUAUUCACCACGGUCGUGGUGAAUACCGAAGUGUCAGUGGCGAAGAUUGAGGUUAAACGAAAACAUAAUGUCAAAUACGAAUAAAAUAGACCAUGUAAAACAUAAACAGUCAAACAAUAAAGAGAAGAACAAAAAAAAACAUUGCGAGAAAUUAACCGAUCUUGAUUUUAUUAAUUUUAUACGAUCUGGUGUUGAUCGUAGGUGCUUUGAGUCGAUUCUGUACAAAUAUUUAGAUGAAAUUGAAACAUCAAUUGGAGUAAGAUUUUGUGGACUUUGUUUGAACGCAGCAAAUGAAACUCAACCAUGAAAUGUGUGGUUACGGGUCAGAAUGCAACAAUUUUAGCGAAAGCUAUUCAUUCGUUUGCUCGCAUCGGGAUCGAGUUGUAUGUGGAAGCCGACGCUCGUUCGGGUUUAUCGCUUCGAACGGUUAAUAUGACCAAAUCGGCUUUUGCUUCGAUCGUCUUUAAUUUGGAUUUUUUCUCCAGUUUUAUGGUGAAAUCGAAGAAUGUCGAGGAAAAUCAGUGCAAAUUGUCCAUGAAGUCAUGCCUUGGUGUUUUUCGCAAUAUGAAACAAGUGGAGUCGUGCACAAUAACACUAGAUGCAAAAUCCUGCAAAAUGACUGUACAGUUCAAGUGUCGUUUAGAAACGAUUCGAACACAUCACAUCUCGAUUUUGGAACAUGAAACACUUCAGGCCGCCUACGUCACCGAUCGAUCGCUGAACGUUCUCGGUGGCAAUCACAAGAUUUUCAGCAAUAUUGUGUCGAGUUUCAAAGCAAACGAGGAGGAACUGUCGAUUAAGGCCAAUGAGAAGAAUAUUGUCAUUCAAAAUUACGAAGACGGUACACAAGUGGACAAUCGAUUUGUACGCUCCCAAAUCACAUUGAAAUCCGACGAGUUUGACAGCUUUAAAAUCGGCGAAAAUACAACAAUCACAUUUUGUAUGCGGGAACUUAGGGCCAUUUUGAAUUUUGCCGAGUCAAUGAACACGAGUAUCUCAGCGAACUUUGACACGGCUGGCAGUCCAGUGGUGUUUGUGAUAAAAAAUUACGAUACAUUCGAAGCGAAUUUGGUGAUGUCAACGCUAUCGCCCGAGGAUGGGGAGUUUGAGCGUCAAAGAAGCCGUUCGCUGGUUCAAAUCAAUUCACAGCUGACCAAUGUUGACAUUGAACGAACCGAUGCAGAUGUUGAUGAGGCAGCACAAGAUGAUGCGAAUGAGAGUAGUUCGUCAAGUUCGAGGAAGAGAAAUCUAUCGACUGCAAAUGGCACCGAUUUUGAGUUUGGUAUAAGCAGGCAACCGAUUCAAUUGGAUGUAAUGCGAAAGAAACGAAGAACAUCGAACGAUCGACGAGACACACGAUUGCCUACUCCAAGCGAUGCAAACACAUCAGAUCAAACGAAACCAUCGCAGCGUGUUGCACCCGUCAUCGACCUUGAAAGUGAAAAUAUUGAUGUGGUUUUCCAAGAAGAUUCCGAUCAAAAUGUUCCAUUCGGCUACAAUAACAACGCAGAAGAAUCAGAAAUGAGAGAAGAACCCAAUGCGAAUGGUGGGAAUGGUCGUGAUCAUCGUCCAAAAGUCAGAGAAGUCUUUGGCCGAUGUUUCACUGGAAACACGCAACCAAUUUCAUACGGUGACAUUCUAGCCGAAGCCUCCGAUGAAGAGAUGUAAAUUAUUUCUAGACUUUUAAGCUUUAUUUAUACAUUAAGCGCGUUGAGAAAUAAAUAAUUUAGUAUUUCGAUCACGAAA